AUGGAAUUAGGUCUGAAGGCUUUCAAAUCAAGUGCAAUAUUAUGGGGUUAUAUUCUUGUCGUUGCUUUGUCUAUGACGUUAUCAGUUAAUGGGCAGAUCUGCACAGCAUCAAUGGUGUCCACUUUCACUCCAUGCUUGAAUUUCGUUACUGGCAGCAGCAACAAUGGGUCAUUACCAUCCACAGGCUGUUGCAGUUCUCUAAAAUCAAUAUUGAGCACUAGCGUGGACUGUGCUUGUCUUCUAAUAACUGCCAAUGUCCCUGUUCAACUGCCCAUCAACCGAACCCUCGCAAUCUCACUCCCUAGAGUUUGCAACAUGGACAACGUGCCAACACAAUGCAAACCUGCCGGGGCUCCCCUUCCAGCUCCAGGUUCUGCGUUUCUAGGGCCGACUCCCGCCGCACCUACAGGUAUUGCUGAUUCUCCUUUUAGUCCACAAGCUUCUGAAGAAGUAGAAACAGCUCCUGCACCAGAAUCCGAAACAACUGAUCAUGAACAGUUAAUGCCGAUAGUUUCUGCGCCUGUCGAAUCGGAAGGCCCAUCACCAACAACUGCAAAUGCAGGAAUCCGACCAGUGUUGAAAUCACCAGCCUCUUCUGGUUCUUGUCUCUCUUAUGUUUUCCCAGCAUACCUUCUGCAUAUAGCUAUAGGAGCCAUGUUUUUCAUCUCCUAUUAAGUUUCUUUCCGUGUGUAAUUCUCUGUCCUUCUAUU